UGCGUAGGCGAGGAAACGGAUAUACGCAACGUAGCGGAAGAAAAUGUAUACAAUGGCAAUUUGGAAAUCAAUUAAGUUAUGAAAAAAGAGCAUUAAUUGCCUUUCUUUGUGGUCGAUGUGUUGCGGAAUGGCGGACUGUGAGCAGUAGCGCCCCGUCAGACGCCGCUGUUUGCCUCGACGGGUACCGGUAUUUAACGUGUCAGCUAGAAAGAACAGGAUAUGUACCUUUGGAGAAUGAGUUGAUUGGUUUCGAGGGAACCCAGAGGAGGUUGCAAAUAAAAAGGCUGACUGGAAGAUGCCAAGAAGAAAACAACAGAAUCCACAACCAGUCAAGUUGGAUUCUGAAGAUGGUUUAGGCACUGUACGUUCAGCAAGCCUUACCUUUGAGAGCGACUUCCUCUUGGGACAAGAACUCGAGUUUUCAGAUCCUGACAAUGACAACAAGAUCAUAGGCCUGGAAAAGUUCUCAGCUGACAUCAGUUUGCCUGGCUUCCCCCUGGGAGACGAGGAGAGCUCUCCCUUCAGCCGCCUCAGUAUGGAGAGUGACGCUGAAGACCUGCGUGCGACCGAAAGCGAGCGUGAAGAGAGGGUUUCUGAGUCUGCCUUUCCCUCUUACCUCUCUUGCAGAGGGUGUGGUCAGCUCCUGGAAGACCCCCUGGGACCAGGCGUGGACUUGGUGGGGCCCUUCUGCAUGCGCUGUUGCAAAGGGAAUGUGAAUGGCGUUGCAGACAGGAAACUCUGCUCGGACUUAGGCUUACAAGCCGAGUCUAGAGGGGGAGGGAAUGAAGGCGCUGGUGCGGAGGAUGGUUCCCUGAAGCUCCACUCAUGCACGCUCUGUGGUUUCACGUCACGCUACACCAAUCAUGUUAAGAGGCAUAUGAAGACGCACAAUGGCGAAAAGCCAUACGGGUGUCCGCUGUGCUCCUACGCAUCAGCACAACUAGUGAACCUGCAAAGGCACUUGCGCAUACACACCGGGGAAAAGCCCUAUAAGUGCAACAACUGCACGUUUGCAUGCAGUUCCUUAGGGAACCUGAAGAGGCACCAGCGCAUGCAUGCAGCUGUAAGCCCGGGUCAGAGUGCCCCUCAGCCAGUAAGUGGCAAUGGUUUAAACCACACUACCCUGAGUCAGCAGGAAAAGGAAGCAGCUCCUGCCCCCACCGAAGUUGCAGGUGCUGUGCAGUCUGCCUCGCGAGCCCAUGCGGGAAGGGAUGGGAACUACUUGCACACACUUGAUGGCCUGAGGCUUCCACAGCAGUCGUCGGCAGGGGUGUUGCAGUCAGGACAGGCUGCUCCCCUGCCCCCCAUGUUCUUCCCCUUCACUUGUCGGCUGUGCGGCAUGGCCCUGGAUGACGAGGAUGGAUCCUCGGCCCAGAUAUGUGCAAAGUGCACCCUGGAAAUGUUAACUAAGGACACACCCGGAUGCCCCGCUGAACGAGGGGACAAAGUCUACACCUGUGCUGCCUGCCCUUUCAUCACCCACUACCCGAACCACCUGGCCCGCCACAUGAAGACCCACAGUGGAGAGAAGCCAUACAAGUGCCCGCAGUGCGACUACGCCUCUGCCCACUUCGACAACCUCAAGCGGCACCAUCGAGUACACACCGGCGAGAAGCCCUACAAGUGCCACUUGUGUGACUAUGCCUGCGGCAACCUGGCUAAUCUCAAGAGGCACCAGCGGGUGCAUUCAGGCGCCAAACCCUUUCAGUGUGCAAUCUGCAAUUACAGCUGCAACCAGAGUAUGAACCUAAAGCGGCAUAUGUUGCGCCACACAGGCGAGAAGCCCCAUAAGUGCCAAGAGUGUGGCUACACCACUGGCCACUGGGACAACUACAAACGACAUCAGAAGAAGCACAGCCUGACUACAGAUGGCUGGGUUAAAGUGCAGAUGCCUGGAAACGAGGAAGUGGACGAGGAAGAGGUGUAGCCUCUUAUACGGGCGACCGUCUUGCAAAUGAGAUUUUACUUUUACAGCAUACGUUUUGUCGGUUGUUCCUUCUUUUUUUCUUUGUGCCCAGAGUCAUUAUUUAAGACAUUUCUUGGAAUUAUCCACAAGCUGCUACAUGAAGUCAUGCACAAAUUAAAAGACAGUAAUCUGAAUGUCCUAAUGCACGGUUUGUCCACUUCUGCUCCUGGAGGUCCAACCUUCCCGCAGACUCUAAAUAAACACACCUGAAACGGCUAAUCAAGGUCUUUAGGAUUACUUGAAACUUCCUGCCAGGUUUGUGAGCGAUGGUUGGCACUAAACUCUGCAGGAAGUUGGUCCUCCUGGAGCAGGUUGGGACACUCCUGAUUAAUGCCUUUGAACAAGGCAGUUUGUAUUACCUAAAGCUCUCUAAGAGUAUUCUGAGCCUGACUGUGGUUCAUUUAUCAGUGCCAAACAGACACUACUGCCAUAGGAAGUACUUCUUUAAGCCUGGAGUUACAUUGCAUGGACUUUGACCUUGGUUGGCUUUUUUUGAGGUUUUAUGUGAUUGUUCAUUUGUCUGUCAGAGAUCUUCUCGAGCCUCCUGAUGAAAAUGUCUUCACAAAUGAGUAUUAUGUUGUGAUCUCUGAUCGUCUUGUUUUUGCUCUCAAUAAUUUUGGGGGGUUGUGUUGCCUUUUAAUGUGUGUAUCAUCUUGACUGUGAAAAACGCUAUUUGUCCGAGUUUACAUGAAGCAGAAUGGUGCAUAGUGGGUAUUCGUGUCAUGCUGAACAUAGAGCUUUUAUUUUUGUACGUGUUUUUAUUAUUUAUCUCCGAGGGAUGUUUGGCAUGUACUUGCCACCCAUGGCAUUGUUAGCUAAUAAUGAAGGACGACAGAAACCAGAAACCCUAAUAUGCAGUUAAACCUUCAGGUUGCCAAAAACUCUUGUAGGUGUGUGACGCUUGAGUGUUUUCUUGUUAUUAUGCAGUGGUUUCAUUAAUGCCUUAAAUAUUCUCAAAUAAAAGAGUUUGUGUUGAAA